AUGGGCCUUUUUGUCAGUUAAACAGGCCCAACAAAAUAUACGGCAUAUCGGUGUUUCUGCUAGUGCCGUGACUUGUCGUCCUCUUCUUUUAACUGAAUAGCGAUAGAAGUAUUGAGUUUGGGUUCUUAAUAUCUGGAAAGCGGUCGGAAUAGAUAUCUAAAGCUCUGGCACACCUUGUGAUUCGACUGUCAUUUUAAGAGAUGCCAAUCUCAACCUGCACCAAUUACUCUUCUUCCGCUCCUCCAGCUCCACGUUCAGGCUGGCAAUGUAAAUACUCUGGUCAAGCAGUGAGAACGCUGCCCAUAAGGAUAAUCACUGUUGGAAAAAAGCGAUCUCCCGGGGUACAAUUAUUAGUAGAUGAGUAUAUCGGCAAGCUCAAACACUAUUGCUCUGUUGAUGAUAUACAACUCCGCUCUAAUCCUAGAAAUGCACGUGAUGUGAGGGCUCAAGUUGAUGAUGAAGACAUGGCAGCCAUGAACCUUAUGAAGUCUGAUGAUUGGGUCGUGAUGUUGGAUGAACAUGGACUAGAUAUUCGGUCUGAACAGAUGGCUGAGUUGGUUGCAGAAGCAGGGAAUACUGGAGCUUCAAGGUUAUCAUUUUGUAUCGGUGGUCCUUAUGGUCAUGGACAACGAAUCCGAACACGGGCUAAUAAAUCAAUCAGAUUAUCUUCUAUGGUUUUGAAUCAUCAGAUUGCAUUGGUUGUCCUUGUUGAACAACUAUAUAGGUCAUGGACUAUUCUGAAAGGACAAAAUUAUCAUCAUUAAUUGAUGCUGUCUGUGGUAAUGUUAUUUUGAAUUGUGGCAUAUGGGCAGUAGGAGUUAAUGCCCUAGAAUUAUACCAUCAAUUUACCCAGCUUCCUUUAAUAUCAUUUGUUUGCAAGGCAUUAUUGAGGAGGAGGUAGGGAAGAAACUCUCAAGUAGAAACUUGUUGCCUGGACCAAAAGGUGCUUGAAGACAAAUUGAGAAGUGUGAUAAUACAUGAUUCCGGGAUCAUCAAAAUGCACAGCCAAUGCUCAUGAUAUAAUUUUGACGAAUUGCAGUGCUUGUGCCAAUGCUAUAAUUUCAUGAGGCUCAGAUUCAUAAUUCUGAAUGCAGAAUGUUUUUUCUUCCAUAUCUUUUUUUUUAUGUAAAUUCGAAGCUGUUUUGCUGUCGUUACUUGCCUGCCUCUUUUCCAUA